AUGAUGAUUACAUCUCUAUAUUCUCUGCCGAAUAGUUCAUUGUCGCCCAUAGCUAAUUAUUCAUCAUCAACUACAACAACAGUAAAAACGAGUCGUCAACGCUCUGUUAAACCAAGAAGAAAACCAGUAACAAUAUUAAUACCAAGUACAAGCUCAGCGCCAAUAUUUGAUUUAAAUCUUUAUCAUAGUCGAAAUUUAGAACAAAUAUAUCGUCAAAUGAAAACAUCAUUAACAACGAAAGAAACUCCUACUACUAUCAUUAGUACUACAAAAACAACGACAACAACAACAACAACAACAACAAUAAAAAUAUCGAAUGCAUCAAUAAUAACAUUCAGGAAAGUGAUAACGUACGCCCCAAAACAGUCACAUCAUCAUCAUCGAUCAACAACAAAGAUUAAAAACGAAAUUUUAUUAACAAACACAACAGGGUACAGAGCAACAAUUACUCCAAGUACCAGUGCGCGGACAACAAAUACCACGCAAGAAGUUUUAUUACUAAAUUCAUCUUUUUCUAAUACAACGUCGAAUACGAACAUCUCUAAUAAUAAUAACAAUUUUUCAACAUUAAUUUUAAAUGUGCCGAUUGAAUUGAAAACAUUAUCGAUUUUUAUACCAAAACAAAUUAAUCAACAUAGUGUAAAUAUAACUACCUCGUCUAUAACAACUUCUGCGACAGUGAAAAUAACAACUGAUUCGAUCGCGAAUUUAAAUCAUACAGCUUUUAUUUCGCUAAUAUCAACUACAUCCUAUAUCAGUAUUAUUGAAGAAAACCGUACUGAUCAAAUAGUAGCUCAAAGUUUAAAAAAUCUUCAAAAAACUCGUUCAGGUAAAACAACAAUUUAG